AUGGCUGCUGACGAUGAAUUGGAGCGGAAUAAGCGCGCGAAGGGUCGUGCAUUGGCUAAACGAGACUCGUACGUCGUUCGCAUUAAGGCUAUCCACACGACCGCUCUAUCGGCCAGUGAUGAUGCGACCAAGGCGCCGCGGUUGCUCGCGGCAUCCGCCAAGCUGGAUAAUUUGUUGACUGGGUUCGAGAUUGAGGACCAUGCUGUGUUCGAAGCUUAUUGUGCUCUCGAUAUGUUGGGCGAGUAUACGACGGACCUUCUUGUUGAAGUAAACGAGUGGGUUUAUGAUAUCCAGUCUAUUGCUGCACGCUAUCGUGUUCAACCCGUCGCUGGGGGUGACCCUCACGUGGCACAACCCCGCGUUUUCCGUCGACUACCUGAAAUUCCGUUACCGCAAUUCGACGGCGAUAUCCAUAAGUGGCCCGCAUUCCGCGAUCAGUUCCUCGCGGUAGUGUCUCAAUCUCCGGACAUACCCGACAUCGAACGGUUUUAUCACUUGCGUAGCUGUAUUCAGGGAAGUGCCGCCGACGUCAUCCGUGGUAUAUUGGUUUCGGGAGCCACCUUCGCCGUAGCCUGGGCCGCAUUGGUAUCGCGUUACGACAAGCCGCGUUUAGUCGCGGGAUCUUUCGUCGACCAAUUAUUACAAGUACCUGUGGCGUCCGUGGACAGUUUGUCGGACUUGAAUAAAUUUAUGUCGGUGUUCGGUGAAGGUAUUUCUGUCCUUACCGCAUUACAGGUCCCGGACUUAGGUGAUUUCAUUUUAUUUUCACUGGCGUCACGGUGCCUUUCGUCGUCGUGUCGCACGUUGUUUGAGUCGGAAACGACAGGUGACUUUCCCACGGUAGAUGAUUUGUUCACCUUUAUCAAAAACCGUAUCGCUAUACUCGAGCGCGUACAGGGCGCCGCCGGUAAACAGGCCGUGCUCGCGCCCCGUCCUAAGGACCGACCGUCUGCGCCGUCGAAAUGGUCACGUAAAAUGGAUCGACCAUCACCGACGUCAUUAGUCUCAGCUGUGCAAGUACCGGCGCCGUCGCCGCACACAGUGUCGUGUCAAUACUGCAACAAGUCACACGCGCUCGAUGUGUGCCGUAAAUUUAGUUCACUACCCGCGGAUGAACGCACGAAAUGGGCGCGUGCUCAAAGCAUUUGUUUCUCGUGUCUCAGUCCUGGUCAUUGGUCACCUAGUUGUAAGGCGCCCGCCAAAUGUGCAAUUUGUUCACGCCGUCAUCAUAGUUUGUUGCAUCCGACUUUUACGGACGUUGUGCCGUCAUCGGAGGCGGAGUCAGCUGCCAUCCCCACGUCGCUAUUAUCCGGGCUCGGGUCGCCGUCCGUCGUGCUGGGCACGGCGUUGGUACAUAUACGUGAUCGUUCUGGGAGUUUCCAAGUGGCCCGCGCGUUGAUCGACUCGGCGUCACAAAUAAACGCGAUUUCACUGCCAUGCGCGAAGCGGCUAGGUCUCCGUUGGUCAACUUGGUCGGCACCAAUUUCGGGUUUAGCCGGCGUGCCGGUAGUCACGGUACAAGGACGAGUCGAUUGUCAUGUCGUGCCGCGCUACGCGUCCGAUCCAGUUUUAGCGUUCGAGUCAUGGGUUCUACCGUCUAUAACCGGUGACCUCCCGCGGCAUUCGUUGGAACCGUCUGUACGGGAUAAGUUUUCGCACUUGGCGUUGGCGGACCCGGAUUUCCAUAUCGCCGCGCCGGUUGAUCUAUUAUUAGGCGCAGACCUGUUUUCAUCCAUUGUUGACGGGCGUCAGGUUGUUGUGGAUAAGUCGUUGCCGGCCGCUUUCAGCUCAUGUUUCGGGUGGAUCCUUAUUGGGUCAGUGUCGCCAUCUGAUAUAUCGAUUCCGCAACCACCAGCCGUGUCUCUACUCACGUCCGUGGAGCAAUUAAUCGACCGGUUUUGGCACAUCGAAGAGCCCGACGUAGCCCCGUUGAAGUUUACCGACGCCGGCAAAUGCGAAGCCGUAUUCCGUGAUAAUGUUGUCCGUGACGAGUCCGGCCGUUUUUCGGUUCCAUUGCCGUUUCGUGUGCCAUUGCAUGAUAAUCUAUUUCCUGGGUCUCGAGCGGUCGCAGCCAAACGGUUCGAUCAUCUCGAGCGGAAGCUAAGCUCGAACGAUCGAAUGCGCACCAAGUAUAACGAUUUUAUGUCGGAAUAUUUGUCACUCGGACACAUGUCAGUGGCGUCCACUCCUGGCCGGUAUUUUAUUCCGCAUCAUGCCGUGUGUGGCGCCGAUGAAAAAUUCCGCGUAGUGUUCGACGCGUCCGCUUCGGUCGCUGAUGGCUCGUCAUUAAACACAUCGUUAUUUCCGGGUCCAAAGCUACAACAGGACAUCGUAGAUGUGCUCACACGGUUUCGUUUGUUCCGUCACGCAUUUACCACCGAUAUUUGUAAAAUGUACCGACAAAUUACGGUCCUUCCACAAUACCGUGCGUAUCAGCAUAUUCUAUGGCGAUCGUCCCCGCACCUGGAGCUCGUCGAAUACGAGCUAAAUACCGUGACGUAUGGCGUAAAUUGUGCGCCGUUUCUGGCGCUACGAGUGUUGCAAGAGGUCGCUGAGGUCGACUGCCACGGUUCCGCCCGCGUAUGCGACGCGUUGCGUCACCAGACGUAUGUGGACGACAUUUGUUACGGCGCUGACACUGUGGACGACGCGCUCAGUAUUCAAGUAGAGUUAACGGCUGUCCUUAACGGCGCGGGUUUUGAACUGCGAAAAUGGGCGAGCAAUACCGCCGCGGUCGUGCAUGCUGUUCCGGAAGAAUUCCGGGUGAUUAAAUCUACAACGUUUGCCGGUGAUGAGGGUGGUGACACGAAGGUACUAGGAUUGUCUUGGCAUACCGGUGGCGAUUAUUUCGGAUGCGAAGCUCACCUCGACUCAGCCACGGUAUUUACCAAACGUGGUAUAUUGUCACUUACCGCACGUUUCUUCGAUCCGUUAGGUUUAUUCGCGCCGACAAUUUUCCUUGCCAAGCACAUUAUGCAACGCACCUGGCAGUCCAAUUGUACGUGGGAUCAACGGUUGCCUACCGAGAUUCACUCAGAUUGGUCGCGGUUCGUCGACGAAUUGCCCGCGCUAGCCUCCGUGCAUGUUCCGCGUUAUUUCAAUACAACCGCUAGAGCUCCGUGUUCGUUGUAUGGAUUUUGCGACGCGUCGCAACGCGGCUAUGCCGCGGUAGUGUUUUUGCGCAUCCAUGAUGCCCCUCGCGCGACGUCGGUUAUGUUGGUCGGUUCCAAGACCAAGCUAGCGCCGCUUAAACCGUUAUCGAUUCCGAGGCUCGAGCUGAAUGCCGCAGUGUUAUUGUCGCGCUGGAUGAGCCGAAUAUCUUUAUUAUUAAAUACGCACAUCGAUAUCGUUGACAUGUGGGCCUGGACGGAUUCGUCGAUUGUAUUGUCAUGGUUAACUGUGCCCCAUGACACAUUCAAGCAAUAUGUAUCAAACCGUGUUCACCAGGUACGGACGUUGUUGCCGAGUUGUCAAUGGCGCCACGUCAGUUCGGAGCUGAACCCGGCGGACUGUGCGUCCCGUGGGUUGAUGCCGUCUGAGUUGCCGCACCAUCAGUUAUAUUGGCAGGGUCCCGCCUUUCUCCGUGACCCUCCGCAGGAAUGGGGGAGUGACAUCGCGCGUUUGCCGGUUGCGGAACUGCCCGAAGUUAGAUCUGUGUCACCUGCAGUUUGUUUAGCUGCCCCCACGGUUGAAUGGUUCACGCGUUUCUCGUCCUACGACGCACUCAUCCGUGUGGUCGCGCGUGUGCGCCGGUUUAUCGAUAUUUGUCGCCGACGUCCAGUCGUGAGAUCGAAUGCGCUUACUCGAGCCGAGCUCGACGGUGCAACUCGCGCGGUAAUCGCUGCGUCUCAACGUGUCACAUUUCCGACAUUAGUCAGCGACCUGCAAAAUUUACACCGUUUAGCAUCCAAGCCGUUGGCACGGCUGUGCCCCUUUGUCGAUUCCGAAGGUAUAAUCCGCGUCGGUGGACGCUUACGUCAUUCAGAGUUGCCGUACGAUUGUCGACAUCCGAUUUUGUUGGCAAAAGGGUCGUACCUCGCGCUGCUGGUAUGUCGUCACUGGCACAAAAUCACUGGUCACUCGGGACCACGGGUAAUGACCUCCUUGAUACAUCGGCAAUAUUGGAUUGUGUCGCUGCGCUCCGUUAUCCAUAAUGUCAUUAGUCAAUGCACCCGGUGCGUGCGUCUCCGUGCGUCCGUCCCCACGCCGGUCAUGGCGGAUCUACCAGAGUCGCGGGUGUUGCAAUGUCGUCCGUUUUCUUGCGUCGGUGUUGACUACGCCGGGCCUAUACCUAUGCGUGACAAUAAAUUACGAAAAUCUAGGACGUACAAAGCGUAUAUAGCCGUAUUCGUGUGUAUGAGCGUCAAGGCCGUCCAUUUGGAAUUAGUAUCAGAUUUGUCCACUCCGGCCUUCCUCGCCGCCUUCGACCGGUUCGUCGCUCGGCGCGGCCUGCCUACGACGGUCUAUUCCGACUGUGGAACAAAUUUUGUUGGUGCUGACAGACAAUUGCGUCAGCUGAUUAAUAGCCCCGCAGCACAAUCUAUUAUUACGUCGGGGAAGUCCUACUGCGACUGGAAGUUUAAUCCCCCCAGUGCACCACAUUUUGGUGGGUUGUGGGAGGCAGCAGUACGCUCGUGUAAACGACUGCUCGUACGAAUCAUGGGUGCGCACGCGUUCACGUACGAAGAAUUUACAACCGUAUUGUGUCGAGUUGAAGCCGUGCUGAACUCACGCCCCCUCACUCCAGCAUCGACCGACCCUCACGACCUCGACUGUCUAACGCCCGGCCAUUUUUUGAUAGGCCAGCCGCUGUUAGCGCUCCCGCCGCGUACUACUGAGUGUCCGGAACGUCCGCUCACGGACCGUUGGAAGCUGUUGGACCACUGUCACCAGCACUUCUGGCGUCGUUGGUCGACGGAAUAUUUACAUACAUUACAAGAAAGAGGAAAGUGGACACGCGACCAACCAAACAUUGAAGUCGGACAGAUGGUCACCAUCAGAGACAGCCUAGCCCCCCCUUUGGAGUGGCGACUUGGGCGGGUGCUCGAGGUGCUACCAGGUGCGGAUGGUGUGGUGAGAGUUGUGCGCGUUCUGACCUCGCGCGGUAUAGUCACUCGUCCUGCUGCCAAGCUCGUUUUAUUACCUGGUAAUGGUACAGGUCCCCUUAUUUAA